CGGAUCUUUCGCGACUCUGUUCUCAGACAAAUUUUCCCCCUCACCUGUUUCCCCCCUAUGCCCUCCCCCCCCCCACCCCACAAAAGUCCCUCUCUCUCUCUCUCUCUCUCUCUCUCCUCUCUCCUCUCUCUUUCUCACUGUCUCUGUGCGCCAUUAUUAUAAAUUUAUAAGCUCUCUACCGUCUCUUCUCUCUCUCUCUACCCACUGGGGCGUCCCUCUUGUUUCACGCCGAAUGGCAGAGAAAACCGCCGAAUCCCCCUGUUAUAAUCUUCCACCUGCUCUGUUCUGUUCCUUCUCUCUCAUGCCCUGUCCUAACCCAACUGGCCUCCAUUAAUCUCUCUCUCCCUACUUCUUAACACCCUCUCUCGCUCUCUCUCUCUUGCUCGAUCGCUCACUCUGAGUCUGUUUUCGAGUUCUAUAUAUGUUUGUAUGCCGAAGGAAUGGAGAUGGAGUUGCUGGCGGUGACCACAUGUGCUUAAACCAUCUGGGUAGCCUUGUGGGUAUCGGCGGAGGUGCUCUGUAUAUAUAUAUAUAUAUAUAUAUAUAUAACGGCUGCGUCUGCGUUCGUUCCUAUGAUGCAGAUAUACAUCUUUAGUUAAUAACGGCUUAUAUAUAUAGCUAGCCAGUGAAGUGAAAGAGACUGAGCAGUAGCUAGAGCUUGCUGAAGAAGAAGAAGAAGUGAUCGGAGACAGAGAAUGGCGUCGGCAACUAACUGGCUUUCUUUCUCGCUCUCCCCCAUUGAAAUGCUGAGAUCUUCUCAGCCUCAGAUGUUGCCGGUUACCUCCGCUUCUCAUCAGCACUACUUCGUUGAGUCUUUCUAUGGAAAUGAAUGGGCAGGCCCUAAAGCUGAAGCCGCCCUCUAUGCAGGGACUGAUAAUCAUGAUGAGGUAAAGGACAUGGCGGUUGCUGACUCGUGCGUUCUCAGCGGCUACAUCAACUCCGAGACCCACCACUCCUCGCCGGUAAUUCCUAAGCUUGAAGACUUUCUCGGCGGCGACCCGUCGAUCGUUCAGUACUCCGACAGCCAAACGGAGACGCAGGACUCCUCCCUGACCCAUAUCUACGACCAGGGUUCUGCUUACUUCGCCGAUCAGCACGAUCUGAAGGCAAUGGGUCCGCCGGCGCUGGCGUUCCAGGCCUUCCCGGCGAACUCUGGCUCCGAAGUCGACGACUCAAUGUCCAUCAGUAGAGCACAGGCGCAGGUAGCCGGUGGCGAAUUCGGGAGUCAGUCGAUAGAGUCGUCAGGGAACGAGUUGGCGGUGUCUCACUGUCCGACGGAAGGAUUGUCUCUUGGGGUUCACAAGAGCUCCGAUCAAAAGUCCUUGGUCGCCGUCGACAUGGAGUCAACCAAGAGGAUUGCUGAUACUUUCGGGCAGAGAACUUCGAUUUACAGAGGAGUUACCAGACACAGGUGGACCGGAAGAUACGAAGCCCAUCUGUGGGAUAACAGCUGUAGAAGAGAAGGCCAGGCCAGAAAAGGGCGUCAAGUGUAUUUGGGCGGAUACGAUAAGGAAGAAAAAGCAGCAAGGGCUUACGAUCUGGCCGCUCUGAAAUACUGGGGUCCUUCUGCCACCACCAAUUUCCCUAUUUCCAAUUAUAGCAAAGAAUUGGAGGAGAUGAAACAUGUCACUAAACAAGAGUUCAUUGCAUCGCUGAGAAGGAAAAGUAGCGGUUUUUCUCGGGGAGCUUCCAUUUACAGAGGCGUAACAAGGCAUCACCAGCAGGGCCGAUGGCAGGCAAGGAUCGGCCGUGUUGCGGGAAACAAAGAUUUAUAUCUCGGGACAUUUGCCACUGAAGAGGAAGCUGCGGAGGCAUAUGAUAUUGCAGCAAUAAAGUUUAGGGGUGUCAAUGCAGUGACCAAUUUCGAGAUGAACCGAUAUGAUGUUGAAGCCAUUGCCAACAGCAAUCUCCCCAUUGGUGGGGCAGCUAAGCGAUUGAAGCUCUCUCUGGAUUCUGAACAGAAACCGUCCCUGACUAAUGAGCUGCAACCUCAAUGCAGCAGCAGCAGCAGCAGCAUCAACUUUGGGCCUGUUCAGCCUGUUCCCACCAUCUCCUGUGGAGUUCCAUUUGACCCGCCAACUGCCCUCUAUCACCACAACCUCUUCCACCACCUUCAGUCUAAUUCAGAUUCCCCCGGCACCACCUCCUCGGUCGGUACUUCAAUGACCUUGGUGCCUGCUCCAGCUGAGUUUUUCCUGUGGCCUCAUCAAUCUUAUUAACAAGACCGAACAAGUUUAUAACUUCAUCGACAAUACCAAUUCCAGCUAACAGUACCAGUACCAUUGCCCUUUUUUGUGCAUCUGUUCUAGCGUGCCAGCAUCUGACCCUCGGUAAUGCUCCCCUUUUUAGCGAUCACAGGGUUGCGGCAAAGUUUUUUUUGGUUAAAGGCUAGAAAAAGCCCUAGGCAUGGUAGAAAUAACUUGAAUUUUGUUAACUGAUCUUUUCAAUGGUGGAUGAGGUGUAUGCAUGGUGAAUGGAGGAUUCUAUCGUAGGGAAAAUUUUUGAGUUUCAUUGAAAGUUGCGCGUUCACUGUUGUUUCUCUUUAGUUGCUAUAGAAUUUCUUCUUGCAGGAUCACAUGACAUUAA